GCCGUGCCAGAGAUCAUGAUGCCAAUAUGGUUCACCUUCAACCUGGAUAUAGUUGCCACGUACAUACAGGAUCAAAAUGAGGAUUGUCUGUAUCUAAACAUCUAUGUUCCUACCGAGGAUGUCAAAAGAAUAUCCAAGGAAUGUGCCAGGAAACCCAACAAGAAAAUGUGUAGAAAAGGAGGGACCCAUGCAAAAAAACAGGGCGAGGAUUUAUCGGAUAACGACGGUGAUGAAGACGAAGACAUACGAGAUACUGGGGCCAAGCCUGUGAUGGUCUACAUCCACGGAGGGUCCUACAUGGAGGGGACGGGCAACAUGAUCGACGGGAGUGUCCUCGCCAGCUACGGAAACGUCAUCGUUAUCACUCUCAACUACCGCGUUGGAGUCCUCGGCUUCCUGAGUACCGGAGACCAGGCUGCUAAAGGUAACUAUGGGCUGCUGGACCAAAUCCAGGCUUUAAGGUGGAUCAGUGAAAACAUUGGCUUCUUCGGUGGCGAUUCCAACCGCAUCACUGUGUUUGGUUCUGGCAUCGGGGCUUCCUGCGUCAGCCUGCUUACCCUCUCCCAUCACUCUGAAGGAUUGAUAUUUAGAAGCAUCAUCCAGAGUGGUUCAGCCCUGUCCAGCUGGGCAGUGAACUACCAGCCGGUGAAAUACACCCGCUUGCUGGCUGAGAAGGUGGGCUGUAAUGUCCUGGACACCCUGGAUAUGGUGGACUGCCUAAGAAAGAAGAGUUCGAGGGAGCUGGUGGAGCAGGACAUUCAGCCCGCCCGCUAUCACGUGGCCUUCGGACCUGUCAUCGAUGGUGACGUCAUUCCCGACGACCCCGAGAUUCUGAUGGAGCAGGGCGAGUUCCUGAACUACGACAUCAUGUUGGGUGUCAACCAAGGCGAGGGGCUGCGCUUUGUGGAGAAUGUGGUUGACUCUGAAGAUGGUGUCUCUGGCAAUGACUUUGACUUUUCCGUGUCAGACUUCGUGGACAGUCUAUACGGGUACCCAGAGGGCAAGGAUACACUGAGGGAAACCAUCAAGUUCAUGUACACAGAUUGGGCGGACAGAGACAACCCAGAGACCCGGCGAAAGACCCUGGUGGCGCUUUUCACAGAUCAUCAGUGGGUGGAGCCUUCAGUGGUGACAGCUGACCUCCACGCCCGCUAUGGGUCACCUACCUACUUCUAUGCCUUCUACCACCACUGUCAGAGCUUGAUGAAGCCUGCCUGGUCAGACGCUGCCCACGGGGAUGAGGUGCCCUACGUAUUUGGGAUCCCCAUGAUCGGUCCCACUGAUUUGUUCCCUUGCAACUUCUCCAAGAAUGACGUGAUGCUCAGUGCUGUAGUCAUGACCUACUGGACCAACUUUGCCAAGACUGGGGACCCCAACAAGCCUGUUCCACAGGAUACCAAGUUCAUCCACACCAAGGCCAACCGUUUUGAAGAGGUGGCCUGGUCCAAGUACAACCCCCAAGACCAGCUUUACCUUCAUAUUGGUCUGAAGCCACGUGUCCGCGACCACUACCGCGCCACCAAAGUGGCCUUCUGGAAACAUCUAGUGCCCCACCUGUACAACCUACAUGACAUGUUCCACUACACCUCCACAACCACCAAAGUGCCCCCACCAGACACAACCCAGAACACGUUGUCCACCAAGAGGCCCAACGGCAAAACAUCGUGGCCGUUCAACACUAAGCGGCCUCCCAUGUCCCCGGCCUACAACAGCAAAGACAAAGACUCCUGGGGUGACUCGGAAGCGACGGGGCCGCUGGUGGUGGAGAAUCCCCGGGAUUACUCCACGGAGCUCAGCGUCACCAUAGCCGUGGGCGCCUCGCUGCUGUUCCUCAACGUGCUGGCCUUCGCAGCGCUUUACUACCGCAAGGACAAGCGGCGGCAGGACUCCGGUCACGGGCAGCCCAGCCCGCAGCGCCAGGCCACCUCCAACGACAUCAGCCACCACGCGCCCGAGGAGGAGAUCAUGUCGCUCCAGAUGAACCAGACCCACCACGAGUGCGAGGCGGGAAACAGCAACGAGAGCGCCCUGCGUCUGUCUUCGCUGCCCGACUACACACUCACCUUGCGUCGAUCUCCGGAUGACAUCCCCCUCAUGACCCCCAACACCAUUACCAUGAUUCCCAAUUCGCUAGUGGGCAUGCCCAACCUGCACCCGUACAACACCUUCACGGCUGGCUUCAACUCCACCGGCCUGCCACACUCCCACUCCACCACCCGCGUAUAG